AAGAGUUUAUCUUAGUGCCUCAUCUCAAAACGCCAAUCGUUAUUGUCCCUUUCAGUGAUCACAUGACGGAGCAUGCAUGGGUCGCGAACGUCGUUGAAAUCCUGCAGGGGUUUAUAACAAAGACUUUUGAAGCCAAUACUAAGUACCACGGCGAAGAAUCGGGCGGUGUGAAGCUAAGAAUAGCGCUACACCUCGGAUCGGCCACUAUAAGUUACGUACAAACUCUGUCGCAACUCAUCGCAUUCGGCGGUGGGGUGGAGACUGCAAAAGUUCUGGUUGACCAUAGCAACGACAGUUCUUUCCUCGUGUCCGACGACGUCUUUCAAAUACUUGGUAAGAGUCGACAGUAUCAUUUCGCAUCUGGCAGCAAAGUGAGGCUAAAGGACAAGAGCUCAGUGAUGACUUAUUGGCUGAUGGAUUCCGACUCUAGUGUGGUGCUGGGGGAUCUAAGUAAAGAUCUUGCGCUUAAUGGCACAGCUACGUGAUAUGAGUGACUCUUAACUCAUAGUCCUAGGAGAAUAGUUAUUCGUUAAUUUGUGAGAUGUGACUCAGCCAUCACAGUGCACAGGCGCUACACAAUGGGCAGUAACCCAUGAAGCACCAGUGCCCUCUAUGUCCUGUGACACCAAUAUGAGGAAACACGCAUUUUCCGCUUAAUUAAAAAACCUAAUUUGAAAUGAUUUAGGCCUAUCUACAUUUUUUAAGCUUUUAUUUUAUUGUAGAAACAUUAAACAACUUUUUGUUUUUGAUUCAUGUGCAUCCAUUCUUAGUUGUACAUUUUUCAUGUGUGUUUUUCCACUGAAUACAGAAUUGAUUGUAGUAUUGUGACUUCGGUUGUAGUGUUGUGCCUUCGGUUGUAGUAUUGUGCCUUCGGUUGUAGUAUUGUGUCUUCGGCUCUAGUAUUGUGACUUCUACCGUUUCACAGCCUGUGCUAUGUGAUUGAUCAUUGGCAAGCAUCAAAGGAAAGUAAAAACAUAAUAUAUGUGAACUCUGGUUUCCAGACGACAUCAUUGACACACACCAAAGGAAAGUAAAAACAUAAUAUAUGUGAACUCUGGUUUCCAGACAACAUCAUUGACACGCAUCAAAGGAAAGUAAAAACAUAAUAUAUGUGAAUUCUGGUUUCCAGACGACAUCAUUGACACGCAUCAAAGGAAAGUAAAAACAUAAUAUAUGUGAACUCUGGUUUCCAGACGACAUCAUUGACACACACCAAAGGAAAGUAAAAACAUAAUAUAUGUGAACUCUGGUUUCCAGACGACAUCAUUGACACGCAUCAAAGGAAAGUAAAAACAUAAUAUAUGUGAACUCUGGUUUCCAGACGACAUCAUUGACACGCAUCAAAGGGAAGUAAAAACAUAAUAUAUGUGAACUCUGGUUUCCAGACGACAUCAUUGACACGCAUCAAAGGGAGGUAAACAAAAUAAUAUAUGAGAACUUUCAAGACGUGACAUUAAAUUACACUCAUGAUUGACUAGUAUCGUGUUUGUAUUUUCUAUCCGUGCAGUGUGUUUCCCUUCAAACAAUGCUCAAAUACCUUAAGUAUAAGUUAUUCCUGCUGG